UUUAAAUCAAAACAAACAUGGCGGAUCCUAUGGCCAAUACACAUCAGAGAACAAGUCAUGUACCACGUCCUCCAGCGGUAUUGUUUUAUCAUAAAUCUAUGAGUCAUUUGGCAAAAAGUAUCUGUGAGCGAUGCAGCCGUGCACUGGAUCAGUCAUCAAGCACGAAGCAAAAGGAACUUUUAUACUAUCAACAAAGUGUGGAGCUGAGAUCUGUGUCUUGGGAACAGUUUCCAGAUGGAUGGCCAAACUUAUUCAUUGAAAAUGCUAAACAAGAUUGUGCAGGAAGAGAUGUAAUAUUUCUGGCAAGUUUCCACUCACCAGAAGUGGUGUUUGAGCAGCUUUCUGUUAUUUAUNCCCAUCCCAGGCUGUUGGCUCGAUCAUUUACUGCUAUUGUACCAUACUUUCCAACUGCAACAAUGGAAAGAGAGGAAACAGAAGGUCAAGUUGCCACUGCAAAGACUCUGGCCAUUUUGUUGUCCACUAUUCCAUUGACUGCCCGAGGACCAUCUCAGAUAAUGGUAUUUGAUAUUCAUGCCCUGCAGGAAAGAUUCUAUUUCACCGACAAUGUUAUUCCCAGAUUGGAGUCAGCAAUUCCUUUGCUUCUACGAGAGAUAAUGAUGCUGAGUAAAGACAAUGCCAUCAGCAUUGCUUUUCCUGAUGACGGUGCAUUCAAGAGGUUUCAUACCAUGUUUAAAUCCUUUCCAACUAUCACCUGCACAAAAAUCCGUGACAAGGACCGGAGAAUUGUGAAAGUCAAAGAUGGUGACCCAGCUGGACAUCAUGUGAUCAUUGUUGAUGACCUUGUGAUGACAGGAGGGACUUUAGUGGAGUGUGCUAAAGCUCUGCUGUCAGCUGGAGCAGUGAAGAUCAGUGCCUAUGUGACACAUGCUGUGUUUCCUAAAGAUUCAUGGAAGCUGUUCACAGACUGUGAAGUGCCCUUUACCAAGUUUUACAUAACAGAUUCCAUCCCACAUGCCACCAGCAUUGCCCAGCAGUCACCUUUUCAAUUGCUUUCCUUGUGUGACUCCAUAUCUGAGACUCUGCUGGGCUUUGAUCUGCUACAGAGCUAAUUUCAAAUGACUGUUAAGUUAAGAAAAAGUCAAAAGCUAGAUUAGAUAGAGAUAGUCAUGGGAGUCUUUGGGAAGAAACUUUGUUGGGUUUAUCUUUUUGAACAUUGCUUAAACUGUUGUGGGAAAUGAAAAGUGGGUUUUUAUGACAUGACAAAUAUAGUUACAGAAGUUAUUUUGUUAGUUAUCUUAGUUAGGUGUAUUUGAUAAUUACUACUCAGUAGAAUGUGGCUCUUAUCACAAAUUCACUCAUUGGCCACUGCAGAGAUAAAAAUCGGUUGUAUUUAAGUAAUAUUUUAGGAAAUAAUUUAACUGUUUUUACUGCUCCAGUUAUUCAUACAACAGAUAGUUGCCUUGCAAAGGCUGCAUGCAAGGAGUCAUGCCAUGGCAGGAUAUCUAAUAAGAUCUAGAUCUUGGUAUGGAUAGAACUAUAGCCACAAAAAAAGAUAUAAACUUAGAAUGAAAUAAAACAUCAGAAAUCUUU